AUGCGGGACCACAUAGCGCCAAAUCACAUUGCUACAUCAUCAUUGUCAGAGAAUAUCAAUGGGUGUCCAGAAUAUCUCGAGGACCGAACCCGGCCUGCUCCUCAAGAGAACGUAGUUAUUCAAUCCCUAAACCAAUUGGAUGUUCAAAAAUUGAAGGAGACUUACGAAUUUCCUAGAAGAGAGCAAUGUCGUGGAAAAAAUGCAACUUCUUCCGGAGUUAGCAAAGCCUGCGGUGAAUGUGAGGAUUACUCUUCUUUGCAAAAGGAUGAUGGAAAUCUUUCAAAAUGCUAUCAAGAUAAGAUGAAGAGGCGAAACUUAGGGAAUGGUCAUUCUAGUAAUUCUGGAAGAAGAUCGCGCCAGGAGUCAAUUUACGACAACGUGGAGAAGAACACCGAUAAAUUUUCGAGUAGCGGAAGCAAAAUGGGUCAAUGUACUUCAUCCCCAUGCUCCGAGUACCGACAUCAGGACCAGAGAGAACGCUCGAGGAAGUUUCAAACUACCUCAGAAUUACGAAGGUCAACUCCCAAACCUGCUUCCCUGGAAAAAGACGAACUUUCUUAUUGUUUCUAUUGCUGUAACAAAGCGAACAAUAUCAGAACCGAGCAAGAUUUGUCUAAAUUUAAUCAAAAAUGUUCAAACGUUUAUUCCGAGGGAUUUGUAGGCGGAAAAUUCAAUCCAAAUGAUUGCCUUAAAGAAAAAGGUGAAAAUAAUUUUUGUGUAACUUUCAAUCUUUCUUCGUCCGAUUCCUUGAACAAUAAUGUUGAUAAUGUUUGUGAAGAAGAAAAUUUGGAAAUAGAUCAAUUAAACAAAUCACCUCGGGUUCUUUGCCUUGAGGAACUAAAUGAUCGAAUAGUGGAAGCUCUAAAUGAGAUGUUUGUGAGCAUUUGUCCAUUUGAUAUUGCUUGUAUUCCUUCUUAUUGUACAUACGAAACAUGUAAAUCUACAAUAGUUGAUGAUUUUAUUCAAAAGGGUGAUUACAUUCUUUAA